AUGGGGAGGUUUUCGGGUAAAAAAUGCCGACUAUUGUCGAUGUUAUGGCUGACUGGCAGCUUCUUCUUUGUGGAGCUGAUUGUCGGCUACAUCACCAACUCUAUGGCCCUAGUUGCAGAUUCAUUUCAUAUGUUAAGUGAUGUUGCCGCACUUGUUAUCGCAUUUUUAUCAGUUAAGAUGUCGCCAAAGAAAUGGUCAAAGAACACAUUCGGGUGGGCCCGUGCCGAAGUGUUGGGCGCGUUGGUCAACGCAGUGUUCCUGGUUGCACUGUGUUUCAGCAUAACAGUUGAGGCAGUCAAGAGAUUUAUAGAGAUUGAAAUGAUUCACGAUGCCAGACUGCUGGUCGCCGUCGGUACUCUAGGUCUGCUGCUCAACAUCGUUGGCCUGUUCCUAUUCCAUGAUCAUGGUGGUGGUCAUGGGCACUCCCAUGGCGGGGUCCCACCGCCAGCAAAUGUAAGGCAUCUCACGGAGAUCGUGAACAGCAAUGCUGACAUGGCCUUGGGUCAUAAUGCUACGGACACUGAAGAAACUGACGAGAUGGUCCCGCCGAAGCCCGACAAAGUACCAAAUAAUAAGAAACAGACUCCAUGCAGAGCGGCACACGACCCCGGACACAUGAAUAUGAAGGGCGUGUUCCUGCAUAUCCUAUCUGAUGCUUUAGGUUCCCUAAUUGUAGUUGGUUCAGCUUUAGUGGUAUGGCUGACGGACUGGGAGUACAAGUACUACAUCGAUCCCGCGCUCAGUAUAGUGCUAGUCAUCUUGAUACUUGCGUCCGUCUGGCCCCUACUCAGGGAGUCUUCGUUAAUUCUACUACAAACUGUGCCAACACAUAUUCAGGUGGAUGCGAUACAGAGGCGUUUGUUGGAAAAAGUCGAUGGCGUUCUAGCAGUCCAUGAGUUCCACGUGUGGCAGCUAGCUGGAGACAGAAUCAUCGCCAGCGCUCAUAUUAGGUGUAGAAAUCUAUCGGAGUACAUGAAAAUAGCUGAGAAAGUGAAGGAGUUCUUCCACAACGAGGGCAUACACUCGACCACUAUACAGCCAGAGUUUGUAGAGCUGCCACUAGGUGGAAAUGAGAUAAUAAGCGGCGCGUCAGCCGAAGCGCCGUGCGCGCUCCACUGUCCACCGAACGACCUUUGUCACAACGCGACGUGUUGCGGGCCCAACCAACAGGAGCAAAGCACGCCUUCUCCCACAGUAACGCCGUACCUCUGCAGGCAACGGACCAUGGGAUCUAGGACUGAGUCAAUGUGUUCCACGAACGGCGCCGGCGCACCCCGGCAAGCCACCACGUGGAACCUAGAAGCUUUAGAGUGCGGUUCCCUGCUCCCGUCGCCUAUGCUGGACAGUCGGCUCGCGGUCUGA